AUGUCUAACAACCGCUACGUAUCAAUGCACAUUUCUUCAUGGUACCACGCAAGUGUAAUGGAUAGGUGCUGCCUGUUAACUCUGAUAUUUGAUCUCGGUCUUUUUGGCUUCGCCUGUGCAGCCGGGAACCAAUAUGGAACGGUAUCAGUGGUAGGUCCAGCUUUUGUGAACAGGGAGGUUACACUGAAAAUGAUACCGUUCUUUCCUUGGGGAUGUGAUGUAGAAUGGAGAUGCAUUAGGGAGGGCAGCACAACAUUCCAAACAAUGACUGGGACAAAAGUUGAAAGAUAUUCGGAAGAUGGGUCAUUCUUUUUUAAAUGGAUAGCUUCAAUUGAAUAUGAGAACGCUGACUUCUACGCAGUAUGUUCAACAAACACGUCGAUAGGAACAAGCAUGGUAUCUUUAAAUAUGAAAGAUAUUGAUGGAAAAUGUGGAGCUCUCGUGCAGUUAAGCCCGGUAGUACGCGGCGCAAACGUCGAACUGGGAUAUUUUCCAGCUGACUUUUAUAUACAGCGCCAAACAUACAAUACACGAACAUGGAAGAAAAACAUCAACGAGAUACAGCUACGAAACGGUUCAUACGAAGAAGACAAAAUUUCUGAAUAUUUUUACAAAUUAACGGUAUUCAACUUUGAUGAAACAGACGAGGGAACAUAUAUUUUAGAGUGCAAUCAAGGAGGACACACGGAAUCAGUACACCUUAAUAUGCAGGAGCAACCGAGCCACCCAAUACUCGGUCCAAUGUCCCUUGACUUUAAAACAACAGAAUGCAUUCAUGUUUAUGGUGGCUCUGACGUGUAUUGCAUAACUGACAAUAGAACCGAACCAGUACAAGUUGUACUUUUAAUUGGCCAGGAUUCAUUUGUUCUUGCUGAAAGCAAAGUAAACAAAGGGUCGUACCGGUUGCAUAACAUCCAUAAACAUAUGGCUGGACUGUCGAGACGGAAUGUGACAUGCCUUGUUUCAUAUGCAGCCCUUGAAACACCUUACGAAGUGCACGGCAUUCUAUGUAACGUGGAGGAAGGAAGCCCGCCCGAGCUAACAGUUCCCGAAUUCGUUGUUGGAGAAAACUCAACAGCCGUAUGUGAAGUGCGCAAUGCUUUCCCAGCUCCGGCAAUAGAAAUACACGUUGGCAAAGUAUUUCUAGCUGAUGUUCAACAAACUGAUUCAUACAAUACAUCUUCUAAUAUGUUUAUAAGUCGGGCAAAGAGGACAAAGACUUAUAAAACGUGGAAUGGAAAAGAUAUGUGUUGCAAAAGGCAAAGCAAAGAUGAUUUUGGUUUCAAAGAUGUGUCAGUAUGCAAAUAUAUCAGUAUAAAAUAUCCGCCUUCGGACAUUUUCAUAUCCGUAAACAAAAUACUGAAAUAUAACAACAAUGUUUCAGUCAGAUACUUAAACAUGUCUUGUGAAACGAAUGAAUCCAAUCCGCCUUGCAGAAUUGAAUGGUCAAGCGACAACGAUAAUAUAACAGUCGUUCAUAGCAACAACUGGACGAAUGGUGAAAAAGGGAGUUACCUUUCUGUGUCCAACGUGCUUUACACUGUCACUGAAGACAUUGGUGGGGUAACAAUUACAUGUGCAACAAAAUGUAACCACUUCCCAUCGCAUUUAUAUAAAGACUAUAAAAUGUUAUUUUCAGAUUGUCCGACUCUUAGUUUGAACACGACAUCACAUGUUAAUUUAUGUCCGAAAACUACAUUGACAGUAAAAUGUAUUUUGGAUGGCUGCAAUGCUAAAGAGCAAUGGACGCUACGCUGGGAAGAUGAAAAUAGCACUGUUAUAAAGUAUUGUAAUAAAACAGGGGAAUGCCUGUUAAGACUCAAUUAUACAGGAGAAGUGGAAAAUACUUACACUUGCACAGCUUGGAAAUCAGAAGAGCAUCUGAUAAAUUCCUUGACCGUUUUAAGCUCAAGGACAGAUGGAAUGCAAUGCCAGGACAAUGACAAUCAGACAUUUUCUCCAAUAUUCCGAUUUUCUGUCAAGAACUUUUUAAUUGGAACAGUUGUUCUCUGUGGACUCUGCAUCGUGUUUGCAAUGGGAAGAUGGAUAUUUCUUAAACGACAAAAGGUCAACGCACUCAACACAGUUGAAAUUGUUGAAAAUCACAGCGAUACAGACACCUCGUCAGAAAAUGACGUCAUACACAUAAGAACGGAAGGUGUCCAGUAUGCAGUCGUACAGAGGCAGCCUGCCACACAGAGGAUUGAAACACAGCAACCACAUAAUGACGACAGCUUAACGUACGCCGAGUUGGACAUCAAUUUCCUACAGGAAGCUCACGCCAGAAUUCCGUCAAGGAGAAAUGAUAUGCGGACGGAGUAUGCUGACAUUGAGGUUUCCUCAAAGCAGAAACCUGCUGUAGAAGAUCCUGUGUACGACAAUGCAUCAGUGUUAAUCUAG